GCGGGCGGCAGCGAAGGCAUCGCCUGCAGUCCCAACCACCGUCCGACGUCGCCCUCCCACCCCUCCUCGUCGCCGCUGGCAGCGUCCCUGCCCUCCCCGUCGCCGUCUCCGCCGGUCCCCGCACCCUCGCCUCCCUGUCCCGUGAUGACCUCCCCUCUGUCUCCGUGAUGACCGCGAAAAACCGCCAGAUCGACCUGCCGCCCAUUCCGUCCCUUCCUCCCAUCCAGAUGCCCGACGCGUCCCAGUUCUCAUCCUCCUCGCACUCCGCGCCUCGCUCCAACUCCCAAGCCUCGCGUCGCCAUAUUCCCUCUCCGCGCGGCUCCCAGGGCAUGUUCAUGACUGCGCAGUCAUCUCAGGAUGCUACCGUUACCCCCGAUGAAGAUUACUUUGGCGCCCCAUCUCCGACGUUCUCUCAGUCUUCGUCUCUCCGCAAGUCCAUCUCAGUCGACUCGUUUGUCAAGUCUAGACAACAGGGGAUACAACAAGCGAUACCCCAGGCUACGCGAGUUGCGCGUGGUAAUACGUUGUCUGCGAACCUUGCUCCGCCUCCGGAGCUUCGUCAGCGCGUUCAUACCCAGUCGGCCACCGGGCCAUCAGACUCUACGGCGAGCUCGUCUCGUGUGCCCCUGCGCGAACGCGAGAAACCCACUGUUCCUCCGCUCCCAACACCUUCGCGAAGUCGCGGGACUAGCGUGAGUACUAAUGCCGACGACCGCGAAGGGUCAAAAUUCUUCGACGAGUCCGACCUGGAGCGCUCUGAGGAUUUGUCGAGACGGACCCGAAAGAGCAAGACGAUGUCUCGUCAGCUCAUGCCACCACCGGGCGAACUCGGUCUCCCUUCACGCCUGCAAAGCGUGAACUCAUCUCCCAGCAUCAGUGCAUCCCAUCCCCCAGCGCCAAUCAUGCCCGUACGAAGCAGCAGCCUCAGCCACAGCCUGGCCAGACAGCAGCAGCGCAUGUCUCUUGAUACCCGUUUACCCUCGCACCGCGCCCAGAUAACCAUCGCGGUGAUGGGUGCUGAAGGUUGUGGCAAGUCCACUGUGAUACAGAAGGGCCUCAAGGCCUAUGGGCUAUCUGACCCUGUCGUCGCCACCGUAGCGCCCGACAUGAACGAUAGCGACCAACGGCCCGUCACUUGCAUUGAGCGAACAGGGCGGCUCAGUUUCAACUCGAGCAGUCAGGAGUAUGUGCUCCGGGUGAUCGAGGUGGAAACAUCGAGCAUGGACUUGAACAACACCGGAUGCGAGACUUGGGAGAAUCCUUCGCUCAGAGGUGUUGUGGUAUGCUACGACAGCAGCCGUGAGGAUACAUUCAAGCACACGGUGGAAGGUCUACGUGAAUUUUCGCAGCUGAAGAUUCCGGUCAUUGUACUGGCUUGCAAGUCUGAUCUGGAGAAGAGGGUUGAUCCAGCGCACGCAACCAGUCUCUUGGACGAGUUUGACGCAGGCCUCGUGGAAGUGUCUGUCGCGCAUAGCGCCGGUAAAGAGCGGAUUCGCGGUGCAUUCGAGUGGUUAUUGCGCGCUGUUUAUCACGUACUGCAGGCAGAAAUACCCGGAUCAGCGCGCAGCGAGCGCGACGGGUAUCGCAAUCCCGCAUCGCCCUCCGUCCUCGGUGCUCUCACAGCUUCCGAGAUCUCUAGAGCGUCUUCAGCCACACCAACAGCUGCUUCUGUUGGUGCCGCACAUCUCAGUUCCUCAUAUCCUCAAGCACAGCAGUAUUUGUCGCAACCCAUGACGCAGACCGAAACACCUCCGCAAUCGCAACCUCCCUCUCACAUGGGCACUCCUCUUCCAUCCCAUGCAUUACGCCUUCCCUCCCCCUCUGUCUCUGCGCCUUCACGAACGCCCACGACACCCACGUCUCCCUCACGUACACGUUCUACCAGCGACUUGCUUUCGGAACACGAGAAGUCUAGACGAGAGGAACGAGAGCAGUAUUCCGCGGGACGGAACGUGGGGCACGGUUCGCCGAACGUUCGGAACAGAGGUUCGCUCAACGCUCUGUCGAGCAUUGGCGGCUCUGGUGAAGGCGGCAAUACCGCCGAUGAUUCUCAUGAUGCGUCGAGGGAUGUGUCUGUCAAGGAAUCGCGAGCACCCCCAUGGAUGGUAUUGGACGAGUUGCUGGACAAGCUCUUAUUCAUGGCAGUCAGUGACGACGAUCCAUUAUUUGUUUCACACUUUCUUCUAACAUACCGAAGAUUUGCAAGCCCUCGCAGCGUACUCCUGGCGAUGCAGAAGCGAAUGCGUGCACUCGACCAGCCCACCGGGGACCCUAUGUUUGCCUGUUAUGCUCAACUGAGAAUAUGCCUAUUGCUAGACAGGUGGAUUACAACAUACCCAACAGAUUUUGUUGUGCCUGGAGCCGCUGGAGCUCUUCGGGCUCUGAUCAAGUCUACCCUCACGAAGACCUACCUCCUCCACUACGGCGCUGUAUUUCUUCCAUUCCUCGAGACCGUCCCCAGCCUGCGGGACCGGGAUGCCUCAUGGGCACUCAAAGUAGAGGAGGAUAGCGAUGAGUUAUCGUUGAUGUCUGACGAUGCUGACUUUGCGGUCGCCGGCGCGGAUUCGAAAAGUCUGCCGGAGCUUCCUCCGCGCGCGCCUCCCAGGAACGGCGGCCAGUCUGUGCCUGGCCAGAUCGUGGCGGCACGAGACCGCAAGUCUAGUCUGCCGUUGUCAGUGACAGCGAAGGCAUUGGGCUUGGGCUCAUCGACGCCAAGUCCUAGCAACGCUGACGGGGUCCAAGAGGCGUCACCGAAGCAGCUGCUCAAGAGGCUGCAGAGCAUGAGCGACGAGGUCCUCAAGGCCGACUUUGGUCAGAUCGCAGAGUCCAUCACGAGGAUAGAGGCCCGGUACUUCCUCCAGAUUGAGCCACGGCAUUGGUUGCAGCACGUCUUCAGCCCAGGCAAGAAGGACCCGGAGAAGGACCCUAUAGCCAGGUACAACCAAGUUUCAAAUCGGCUGGCCGACUGGGUGGUCUCUCUCAUACUGUGCCAUGACAAACCAAAGAAGCGAGCCACACAGAUCGAGAAGUUCGUUCAGGUCGCGGAAGUCUUACGCGUACAGCACAACUACUCUGCUCUCCGCGCAUUUGUCGCUGGCAUCAACAGCGCGACGUUCGAGGGCGAUCUCUCCUUGGAAAUCUUCCAGGCCAGAACACAGGACAUGUGGAAGAAGUUCCAGUCUUAUGACCACCUUCUGCAGUCCGUGCGCUCUCAUCAGAAGUAUCGGAUGGCGCUGCGGAAUUCGAAGGGCGCAUGCAUUCCUGCGCUUGAGAUUCAUCUAUCCGACUUGAUCCGCGCGCAUGAAGGCAACCCUGACUACCAGGACGACGAUCCUACUAAGAUCCAUUGGGCCAAGUUCAACAUGAUGGCGCGAUUCAUUGAUGUCAUAACCCAAUGUCAAGAGGGCUGUCGUGCGUCUGAGCAAUUCCGGGACGUUGAGAAGCUUAGGACGCAGGAGCCAUGGUAUCUCCGAUGGGAGAGUGAUACCAUGCUCAUGAGCCUAGAGAUGCAGCGUUCGCGAAUAACACCACCAGACGCGGACGGGUACGACGAGUCCGGUCAGUUGCAGUCCAAGGACGCAGCUGUGCUACGCAAGAUCUUCUUCUGGUGAUUUGUUUUGCUGUCGACCGCAUGCCGUCAUGAUCCUCCUACUCGCCAUUCCAUGCUUGCUUUGCUCGCAUAUGAUAUAUAUUGUACUUACGUGGAUCUGUACUCACCAUUGUUGAAAGCUGCUAUGUUCCUACGUACAUAGUGUUUGCAUUGCCAUUGAUUUCUGUGCUCAUGAUCUGUAUUGUCCUUCUCUCAUAGUGAA